CAAAGAAAAACUUCUCUUCCGCUAAAACUCCAACUGCAGAGAUAAUCUUCAAUGAUAUCAAGGUUUUAACCUAUUCCACUUUUCUCAACUGCCUCUGAAGAUAAAGCUUCCAAAUCGCAUGAUCUUUUGUAUUCUCUCCACAUUUUUAUUUCAACUUCACGAUAAAGCCUCCAAAUUCCUUCACUUUCUCUACGUUUCCCAGGAGAAAACCUGCUUUAAACCGCUGCUUCUGAUCUGGGUUUUCUUUUUAUUUUGCAAAGCUUCUCACUUCCCUCUCUCUAUUAUUUCUUGUGUGUGUGGUACAUCUGAUUGUCUUGCAAAAAAAUGGCAUUUGGGUCUCGGCUGGCUGUUGAUUUUGAAGAUGGAGAGAAUGUCAACACUCGAAUCAUUAGGGAAAAGGUUUCAUCUUUGAAAUCGACUUUCAUGUCUAGGCACUUCACUGAAGUGGAAGAGUUUUUGGUGUCCAUGGUAGAAAAUUUGGAGCUUGAGAUCAAGUCACUAAAAAAAGAGAAGGAAUUGAUUGAAGAAAGAGCUCAAAUUCAGAGAUUAGAGAAGUUGAAAGUUGAGGGUGAACUUAGGGAGUGUACAAGAGAGUGUUUGCAGUUAAAGAAAGAGCGAGAUGGGUUUAAUGAGACAGUGAGAAGUAUUUCAGAAGUUGAAAGGAUAAUGAGGGAGCUCAAAGAGGAAAAUCGUGACUUGAAGGGUGAAAAGUUGAAGGCAGAGACCAAAACUGAUUUCUACAAGCGAAAGUUUGAGGAUUUGGAGAUGAUGUUGUUGCUUUUAAAGAAAGAUGUCAUUUUGAAGCCUGAGGAGCCUAUAAGCAAUGUUGGGGUUCCUGGAGAGGUUGUGGGAGCGAAGGGCGUUGUAGAUGAGAAUGUUAAGCGUGAUGAAAAUGCUGUUAAUCUGAAGACUAAGAUGGUUGCCACCGAUUGUAAUGAUAAUGUUGUUAUUGAGGCAAAAGGGGUUCCAAGUUGUUACACGCCGAGGGGAAUUGUUGAUUUGGGUGCUCGGGGUUUGAGGUGUGAUGGAGGUUCCGGUGAGGGUUUGGGAAAGAACGGUCUGAUUGAAAAUGAAAAGGGUGGUGAAGGAAGUGUUAAUUUGAAAGCAAAAAUGGGUUUUGUGGAUAGCCAUGGGAACAUGGUUUUAGGAGCAAAUGGAGGUUCUAGUAGCAAUUUUCUGGAGAAUGGAGAUGGAAUCGUGGGUGGUGCUUCAGGUGGAGGAACACCUCCAUUAAAAGAAAUUAUAGAGCUUGUGGACAGUGACGAUGACACAUCAUCAUGUGCAAUUUCGAGUAGAAACGAAUUGGCAAUGGAAGGAUGUCAGUAUGAAGCAGAUUUAGAUCAGGGAGUUGUCGAAAAUGAGACCAAAUUGCUCAAACGAAAACGCGCAUCUUCUUCGACUUCCAAGGACAGCCAUGGUAGUAGCAAUGAGCAGAAGGCAACAAAACGCAAAGGGUCGAUUGAAGGCCCUGAUAGUCUUCCUGUCAAUCAUCGCUUGGCGACAACCAUGUUUUCUGAAAGUAACGAGGGUCGAAAUGUUUCUACUCCAUCAAGGCAGGGCCAAACAAUUUUGACGCAACUUGAGGAGAAAAUCACGGCUGAAUGUUAUUCCCGAAAUCAGAGGAAUGAGCUUGUCUUGGAUAGGCUUCUUCUUGAUUCUGAUAGUGAGGAUAGUUCCAGUUCCUCUGAUUCAGAGGAUUUGGAUUUUUCAUUUGACUUCUCUGCCAUGACAAAACUCUUCGCAAGCAAGGAGAAACAGGAGUUGAAUGGCAAUCGUCAUGUAGAAAGCUAGCAGCAUCUGCCAGUGAUUUUAUGUGAUAAAAUUAUAUGAUAUUCUUAAUUGGAAGUAAAAAUUGCUCUCUUAAUCA